AUGUGCUCGACCGACCUCUUCCUCGGCAUCCUGGCCAUCCUCUUUCCCCCGCUCCCAGUCUGGGUAAAGCGCGGAAUUUGCUCUGCCGACUCCCUAAUCAACAUCCUCCUUCUCUGCUUGGGUUUUAUCCCUGGCCUAAUCCACGCCUGGUACAUCAUCGCCAAGUACCCCGACAUACCCUACGACUACGAUUACCAAGCCCCCUCCAACGCCGAGCACGGCCGCGUCUACGUCUUUGUCCACGACAACAACCACCGUCAAGGCCACCCUCACCAAGGUCAACCCCGUCUCCAAAACCAGCAACCCAAAGCCCAUCCUCAGCCAAACUACGGCACCACAGCCCACAACAACAACAACCACAGCAGUGGCCACGAAGAGGGCGUCGCCCCUGCCGCUGGCCCCUCCUCAGGUGGUCCUCCCCCAAGUUACGCCCAGGUUGUCGCCCAAGGUCCCGGAGACCACAAGGUUCAGACCCAAGAUUAG